CCUUAAAAAAUCGAGAAAAUACUAAAGCCAAAAUAUUACCCCUCUUCCUCUAAGUUUCCUAUCAGAAAAAAAUACCUCGCAACUUUCCAGAACAAUUAGGGUUUCGGGUUUCUCCCCUUUUCUUCACUCUUCUCCAACAAAAUUCAACUUCGCGGACCCUCCGGUGUGUUAGGUUGAGGAUAUGGAGGAUAAUGAUGGAGUUGGUGGAGAGCCGAUUGAGCAGUUCCAUAGGAAUGAAGCGAUUUCGGCGGUGGCAGAUGAUGGUUUGUUUGUUGAAGAAGAAGAUGAUGAUUAUGAAGAUCUUUAUAAUGAUGUUAAUGUUGGUGAGAAUUUUCUUCAGUCGUUACGUAAGAAUGAUGAGGUAGAGAGGAAGGUUGAGGCUGAGUCUGUGGCUCCGGUGGCUGCGCCUCCCGUGGUGGUGGAAGAAACGCCGCAAGUGGUAGAUGAGAGUGCGCGUGUCGAUUUUCAGGAGGAGGUUGUGAAAGAGGAGGAUGUAGUGUCUGGGGUAUCUGCUAGAGUGUCUGUAGGUGGUGGUGCAGCUGGGUCUGGGGUUUCGGGUGGGGGUGGGGGUGGGGGGUUUAGGGUUGAGUUAAGUAAUCCAUCGAAUAAGAUGGGGGAUUUAGGGGAGAGGAUGGUGGUGAGUGGGAGUGUUUCGAAUCAGGUGAUGGUUCAACAACAGACUCAUGGUGGUGGUGGUGUUGGAAAUGUUGGUAAUGUUGGUAAUAUGGGGAAUGACAGUAUGAUUAGGCAAGGAGGGGUUAAUGUGAAUGUGAACGGGGCGGGUAAUGUUGUUUCGGGAGUUGGGGGUGUUAGUAGUGGAGGAGGUGGUGGUGGAGCGACAAUUCUUUUUGUUGGUGAUUUGCAUUGGUGGACGACAGAUGCUGAGCUGGAGUCUGAGUUGAGCAAGUAUGGAAUUGUGAAAGAGGUGAAAUUUUUUGAAGAGAAAGCUAGUGGGAAGUCUAAAGGAUAUUGUCAGGUUGAGUUUCAUGAUUCCUCAGGUGCUUCAGCUUGCAAGGAAGGCAUGAAUGGACAUGUAUUCAAUGGGCGGCCAUGUGUGGUUGCGUUUGCAUCAUCACCGUAUAAUGUGAAGAGGAUGGGUGAGGCUCAGGUGAAUCGAAAUCAACAGGUUACCCAAACUGCUGUUCCCCAGGCAAGGCGGGGGCCUGGUGAAGCUCCUGGUAAAAUUGGAAAUAACAACACUCCUACUGGUGGUAAUUAUCAAGGUGGUGGUGGAGAUGGAAACAGGGGUGGUUAUGGUAGAGGAAAUUGGGGUAGAGGAGGUCCUCAAGCUAUGGGAAAUCGGGGGCCUGUGGGUCCUAUGAGAAACAGACCUGGUGGGAUUGCAGGAAGGGGAAUGAUGGGAAACGGUGGAGGUGGAUUUGGACAAGGUAUGGGUGGUGCACCUCCACUUAUGCAUCCUCAAACAAUGAUGGGUCAAGGCUUUGAUCCUGCUUUUGGAGGGCCUAUGGGGAGAAUGGGUGGUUAUGGAGGAUUUCCUGGUGGUCCCGCCCCACCAUUUCCUAGUAUGUUAUCAUCUUUUCCACCUGUUGGAGGAGUUGGUAUGCCUGGAGUAGCUCCUCAUGUAAAUCCCGCAUUCUUCGGUAGAGGCAUGCCAAUGAAUGGCAUGGGGAUGAUGCCUGCUGCUGGUAUGGAGGGGCCUAACAUGGGGAUGUGGUCAGAACCUAAUGCAGGUGGAUGGGCUGGCGACGAGCAUGGUGGUAGAGUAGGAGAGUCAAGUUAUGCAGAAGAAGCUGGUUCUGAUCAUCAGUAUGGAGAAGUAGCUCAUGAUAGAGGGGCUUGGCCUAAUAACUUGAAAGAGAAAGAAAGAGGAUCAGAGCGUGAUUGGUCUGGUUCUACAGAGAGAAAACAUCGAGAUGGCAGAGAACCUUCCUACGAUAGAGACAUGGCUCGUGAAAAGGAUAGAGGGCAUGAUCAGGAUUGGUCAGAGAAGAGAUACCGAGAUGAUAGAGAUGUUGCACGAGACAGGGAGAGGGACCGGGAUCGUGAACGUUCUAGAGAACGAGGUCGCGAUCGUGAGAGGGAUCGAGAUCGUGAUCGUGAUCGUCAUAGGGAUGAUAGAGAUAGAUAUGCUGAUCAUCAUAGGUACAAGGACCGUGAGCAAGAAUAUGAUGAUGAUGACCGAGGAAGAUCAUCUAGGGGACACAGCAAAUCACGAUUAUCACAUGAGGAAGACCAUCGGUCAAGAUCAAGGGAUGCUGAUUAUGGGAAGAGGCGACGUAUAACUAAUGAGUGAUCUGCGGCCUUGCCUACUUAUUUUCAAGGAUACUUCUAUGAGAUCGAUUAGGAGCUAAUCCACUAAGGGUUUGCCAUUUAUAUUCAGGCUUUCUACUAAGAGGCUUCCUUUACUACCUGCCUUCAUCAAACAGUUGCUCUCUGAAAUGUUCCGUUUAUGCUCUUUUCCUGUUCAAGGAGCACUCGUCUUUCAGCAUUAAGAACAUGGAGGACGUAGAGCAAGCUGUUGGAAGAAGUAUGGAAGGAAACCCCUUGAAGCCUCUGUCUAAGGAAGCAUUGUUAUAUUACAUGGUGUUACCUCUUUAGUGAAGAUUGAACUGCUAGUGGAACCUUUUAUCUCAGUUUUUAGCCUCUUUUUUAAUUUGUGUUUUUGUUGAAUGUGACAUGAAUAAUCUUAUGUUUGGUGACUUGUGACUUGAAUUUGUUGUAAGCCGAGCCAUAGAUUAUCGUAGACAUUUGCUAUUUGAUGUAAUGUGUCAGGAGGAUUUGAGACACAGGUUGGCGCCGGUCCUGCUCCCUACUUGCUUUGGCAUUUGUUGUACUAAUCAUUUUUCUCUUUGUAUCAUCUUUAGUUUGUUUUUGACCCAGUUUUUUGUUGGGCAUAUGAUGUUGUUUAGGGCUAAUUCUUCUUCUGCAAAUGUACAUAGAUUUUCUUGUUAUUAGUUUUUGAAAAAUGUACAUGGAAUAUACUAACAAUGGAAGGGUUUCUGUCAUUCUAAAUGAACUCCACAUUUUUAUA